CUCCCAAGUGUCAUGUUUACAUGUUAAUUAAUAAAUAACAAUAAAAAGGCAUUUGGACGAAUUAACGCACGCAAAAAAUGUCGCGGUUCAGUGGAGUGCUCCAGUUAACCGACUUGGACGACUUUAUAACACCGUCACAGGAGUGUAUCAAACCUGUCCAGAUUGAGAAAAGUAAAAGCAGUACUGGGGCUAAAAUCACAAUACAAGAUGAUGGGUCCUAUCUACAAGUCGAAACCGAUGGGACCACACAAAAGUUGCAAAAAGUUGAAAUUUCGUUGUCUGAUUGUUUGGCUUGUUCCGGUUGUAUAACAUCGGCUGAGAGCGUGUUGGUUACACAACAGAGUCAAGAAGAAAUAUUGCGCGUGUUUGAGGAAAACACUGCUUUAAAAAAUGCGGGGAAAUCACAGGAGGCCAAAUUAAUCGUAGUUUCCCUCUCCAUUCAGCCAAUUCUAUCAAUAGCAAGUCGCUACAGCCUCCCUGUUAAUGACUGUGCCGCUAAACUUGUAACAUAUUUCAAAAAGUUGGGCGCUGAUAUGGUCAUUGAUAUGACCGUAGCGGACGAUUUUGCGCUACUUGAGAGUCAAAGGGAGUUUGUUCGUCGAUUUCGGGCUACGGAAAGUGACGGUGUUAAAAACGUUAUGCCUAUGUUGGCUUCCAGUUGUCCAGGGUGGGUCUGUUACGCGGAAAAAACCCACGGCAGUUACAUUCUCCCCUACAUUUCUACCACCAAAUCGCCACAACAAAUCAUGGGGUCAUUGAUCAAACACUGGGUUGGUCAUAACUUAGGGGGCCGUUCUAUAUACCACGUGACACUUAUGCCAUGCUACGAUAAAAAAUUAGAAGCCGCACGUGAAGAUUUUUUUGAUAAAGAAACGCAAAGCCGGGACGUUGAUUGCGUCAUCACUGCAAUUGAACUGCAACAAAUGCUAGAGAAGGAUGGGUGUGUUUUGGAAAAUUUGGAAAAGUCACAAUUUUCACAACCCUGGUUAUUGAAACAAGAUACAGACGUUUGUCCUAAUUUAACUCGGCACUUGGGGUCGGGUUCAGGGGGUUACGCUGAUCAUAUUUUUAAGUACGCAGCCAAGGAAUUAUUUGGGAUCGAAGUUGAGAAUUUGGAGUAUCACAAUUUAAGGAAUCCAGAUUUUCGUGAAGUCGUUUUGGAAAAAGAAGGAAAGGUUUUGUUGCGGUUUGCGAUUGCGAAUGGUUUUAGAAACAUACAAAAUUUGGUUCAGAAAUUAAAAAGGGGCAAAUCGCAAUAUCACUACGUUGAAAUUAUGGCUUGUCCUUCAGGGUGUCUCAACGGAGGGGCCCAAAUUCGGCCAAAGGACGGCACUGCAUUAAAAGAGUUGACUACGGAACUGGAAAACUUAUACUCGUCACUCCCUGUCAUAAAACCCGAAGAAAAUAAAACCGUAAAAGAGUUGUAUGAGGGAUGGUUGGGAGGUAUGGAAAGUGAUAAAUGUACGGCGAUUUUGCACACGCAGUAUCACGCCGUGGAAAAAACGACAAACGCUCUUAAUAUCAAAUGGUAAUACGGUGUAAUAAUUUUCAAUAAACUCGUUAAUUACA